AUGUUCUGUGACCUUUACCAGAGCAAGACGGCGGAGGAAAGGAAGCGUCACGUCGAGGCGAACGACUUGUGCCUGAACUGCCUAGGAAGGCACAAGGUAAGCGAGUGUUCUUCUCAAAAGACUUGUUCGUCGUGUCGCGCGCGUCACCACACGACCCUCCACGAGGCAUGUCCGUCCGGCGAGAGCGCUAAGACGUCACACUUAGCGCAACACAAAGUCGAGGCGACGACGACAGUUCUCCUCGCUACCGCGCGCGUUCGCGUCCUGGACCGGUUCGGCCGCGCUCACACUGCACGCGCACUAGUUGACCAGGGCUCGGAGUCCUCGCUAGUUUCCGAAGCUUUGGCCCAACGUCUUCGCCUAGGUCGGUCUCCUACCUCCGUCGCCGUGUAUGGAAUCGGCGGCAAGCAGACGGGCCUCGCCCGCGGUCAAGUCACUCUUCAGAUCCGCUCCCUGCGCGACGGGCCUUUAAUAAGCGUGGCCGCCUUGGUUUUCCCCCGGCUCACACUUUAUGAAGGCGGAAUCAAGGCCAAUCGUCGGGCGUGGACGCACGUCCAUGGGCUGGAGCUCGCCGAUCCGGACUUCUUGGCGACGGAUCCCAUAGACAUCCUUCUAGGAGCAGACGUCUACGCCAUGAUCCUCCAGGCUGGACUUCGACGAGGGAAAUCACGGGAACCUGUGGCACAAAAGACGGCGCUGGGCUGGAUAUUGUCUGGGGCCGUCGGUACGACGUCCACAUCGCGCCAUGCGUCAGCACAUCACUGCCUGGUCGAGGAAGACCUAGGCGCUCUCGUACAAAGGUUCUGGCAGCAAGAAGAGCUACCCGACGCCGCGGUAGCUCUCUCACCCGCGGAUCAACAGUGCGAGAACUUCUUCCGCCAGACACAUUCGCGGUCGCGGACGGUCGGUACGUCGUACGUCUGCCGGUCGUUGCCCCGCUGCCAGACUUCUCGGUGA